AAAUCCUACACAGGAAGAGACCUGUCCUCACCAAUAGUACAUGUCAGUCCGAGAUUCAGAUAGUCAGCAGUGAGACAACAUGGAGGUCACAGCUCUCUGCAUCCGCCUGUUGACGAAUGUUUUGUUCCUGCUGAGUGCACUUGAUCACACAGUUGAUUCAUUGUCUCUUCGUGUCGACCCAAACAGAGAGCAGUUCUUUCGAUAUGACCCUGUAGCUCUACACUGUGAUGCAUCAUCUGGCUCGGUUCAAUGGAAAUUUGUACAUAAGUCAGAAGUAGAAAAAGCCAAAUGUAAACUAACUGAUGGGGCGACAUCAACAGGCUCGUCCUGCAGCUUUAAAAAUGUUUAUCCAGAAGAGGGUGGAGAGUACUGGUGUGAGGACGGAGAGGGGAAGAGAAGCAACAACAUCACCAUCAAUGUCACCAAUGGUUCUGUGAUCCUGGACAGUCCUGCUCUUCCUGUGAUUGAAGGAGCUGCUGUGACUCUGCGCUGCAGAUCCAAGACGACUUCCUCCAACCUCACAGCUGGUUUCUAUAAAGAUGGCCGCCUGAUCAGGAGCAGCUCUACAGGAGAGAUGAUCAUCCACAGUGUUUCCAGGUCUGAUGAAGGACAGUACAAGUGCAACAUCUCUGGAGUCGGAGAAUCGCCAGAGAGCUGGUUGUUUGUCAUAGCACUUCACCCAGAGACUGAUCACUGCUCUGAUAAUGUCUUCUCCACAUUAAGAGUCAUUCUCCCCAUUGUGUUGAUGGCCAUGCUGCUCGGGCUGCUGGGAGUGCUUCACUGUGGGAAACUCAGAGUUCAACAACACAACCUUGUGUCCACUCAGAUAGAAAUGCAACAACCACAAUAAAAGAAUAGAACUGGGUCAAAGACAAAUAAAUGAUGAGUACGCUAAUGGCUAGUUUGUUUGCUUAGAUAAUGAAGCAGUUAACAGCCCAUCAUAUUUAAACAUCCUCCCACGUCAUCUUUGCAUGUUUUACUUGUGUUGUUGAAGGUUCUCAGUCAUCCAGGUCAUGGUCAUACGAGGUGCUGUUUCAUAGGCAACUGGACAUGUUUCAGUUCCUUGAAGACAUUUCACCUCUCGUCCAAGAGGCUACUGAAGUUCUAACUAACUGGAGGAGAGUCACAUAGUUUUUAAACUCUGUGUGCGAGCGUCCUUACAGAGUCGUUAAGGACAUGUGUGAGCUCUAUGUUUCAGAGUCAUUAGGGCCCAGGUGUGAAGAAGCUGAAACAAGUCCAGUUGCCUACGAUACAGAACUUUGAAUAUUUUACCUGAAAGUUUGAUCUGAUGUGUCAUUAACAUUGAAUGCCUGUUGUGCAAACAUGUGAUCACAUCGCAAAUACAAAAAUAAUCACAAUAAAAAUAAAUCUGUAAAUAUGCUUGAUAAAAUGAUGCAAAUUAAAUCUCCUGCUGCUCUGAGACAUGUUUUCCAUUGAUUAACUCUUGUCUCUGAGGGUCUAGAAGCUGAUGUGUUACUUGCUGCGACGAUAUCAAGACGAGUCUUUCAGAAGUCGAUUUAUCGCAACUCUGAGAAACCAUCCACAGAGAGACCACAGCAUCUCUGCAUAUCUAUGAAUACACUCUGCGGUUGUGCUGGACUUGAGUGUGAAAUGUUCCGUGCAGUAAUGCUCAUUAAAGUUCACUUUCCGCUUGUAUUUUCUUCCUACAGUUA